AUGAAAGGACACCUGAACGAGGUGACAAAGAGCAAUGAUGACGAUAGCAACAACCAACGGCAGCGAGAAGAUUGGGAGAGGCGACAAAAUGCUACGAAAGAGAUUUUGGAUACAUUCGUCAAGCGCACUGGCGUAUCCCAGUCCAGUGCGAAACAAGACAAUGGCACCAUGAAUCAUCGGUCACCACUUCGUCGACGACGGUAUUUGUGGACUGAUGCUUUUGCCCUUGCAAAUUUUGUAAGUCUGAGCCACAAUACUGAGAAGAAGGAAAGACAGCCCGAGAAAGCAACAGCAGCUGUCUAUCAGGAACAUGCUCGGAAUCUGAUGGAUGCUGUUCACGAAACCUUGGCCAAGCAUCGUCUGGGCCAUAAGGAACCUCAUAAAGCAGCAACUUGGUUGCCCAAUGCCUCGAACGAACAUCCUACAGCAGGAGGACUCCGAAUUGGAAAGCCAGAAGACGAACGACCACUCAAUAUCCCAUACAAUUCCGAAACGGAAUGGGACAAGGAUGGACAAUACUUUCAUUACCUGACCAAAUGGGCGACUGCCCUGGACAUGGUCACGCGGGGUUGCGGCGACACUAUCUAUACAAAAUGGGCAAUGGAACUCUUGCGAGUGGCCGCAUCCAAAUUUGUCACGCAUCAAUACGGACGGCCACAAAUGUACUGGAAACUCAGUAUUGACAUGUCGCGACCACAAGUUUCUUCCCAGGGAGCCAGGGAUGCACUGGAGGGAUACAUCCUAGCCAAUCGAUUGAUUGCUACCUGUGAACAAUGUCAAAUUUGUACGCCUCUUUUACCGACCAUGUUCCAUCUACAAGGUAUCUUUUAUUCCAUGAUUCAUAUUGUCGAAACAAAUGAUGAUCCAUUGGAAUUGGGUGGCAUGCUCCUAGACAUAUGUCAACUAGACAUGCUGCAGAAGCAAAUGGGGCCUGACGUUCAUCGCAAGGCUUUGUUGAAUGAUAUGAAACAUGCAGUGUUGAGCGGUUUGGAGUCCAUUGCCCAAAGCAAGGAGCUGAAAGGUCCACCAAAUGAACGUACCCCCUUUCGAGAGCUGGGGCUAUCCCUUGGUUUGCGGGUGGUCGAGCAAGUGCUUUUGGAUGAGUCGUUCAGCUCCUUGUUGUCAAUCACAAGCAAAUUGUCAACCUUUGAGGAAAUACUUGUCUUUCUUCCUCUAGCAGAGCAGAUCGAAACAUAUUGGAUGGAUCCUCAGCGCCAAUUGGCCAGUUCAUGGACAGAUCACUUGGAUAUGAAUGAGAUCAUGUUAGCGUCGACCUUGAAUCCAAACUGUUGGUUACAAUGA